AUGGCCGUGAGAUUAUCAGUAUCAGGGCAUGAGGUAUCCGAUCUGUGUCUGGGAAAACCAUCGCUCCGGUCCAUUUCUACCACCGACACCAUAGCCGUCGCGCUUGCCGCCAUCCAUAAAUUCCGUCUCACUUAUUUAAGCGUUUGGAAUUGUCAUCAUUCUGUCACCGAUAAAAAACCUGUUACCCUAGUUGCUGAUCUCAAUUGUCAAUGUGUUGGAAGGGUUUCUAUGGUUGAUGUUAUUUGUUUUCUUUGUAAGCCGGAGAAUCUAGCUUCCCCGUCUACCGCUCUUCUCUCUCCCGUUUCAGUUCUCUUUUCCGGAGAUCAUUCUCCACUCGUCCGCCAUAUUCAACCCAAUGCCAGUUUAUUGGAGGCAAUAGAUGCAAUGUAUGAUGGGGUGCAAAAUGUGGUGAUACAAAUACCGGAAGAGAAGAGAUGGAAGAAAAAAGAGAAUCAAACAUUGGACUCUGACAUUUUGCACAAUGACAACCGUGCUUACUGUUGGCUUACUCAAGAGGAUGUAAUGCGCUACCUCCUUAACUCAAUUAGGGUAUUUUCCCCUUCACCGGCAACCGAUAGCAUCGAUACACUCGGUAUUAUAGACACACAAAAUCUGUUCUUUCUUUACUAUGAUGACCCUGCAUCCUCUGCUUUGGAGCUUCUGACUGCUGCCAUUGUACACCAAUCGUCUGUUGCUGUUGUUGACCCGCAGGGUAAGCUCAUUGGAGAGAUCUCACCUUUUACGUUGAACUCUUGUGAUGAAGCUGUCGCCCCUGCACUGGCAACUCUAUCAGCUGGUGAUGUAUUGGCUUACAUCGACUGCGGUGGUCCUCCAGAGGAUUUAGUUCAGCUAGUAAAAGAGAGACUGUAUGAGCAGAAUCACGGAGCAGCCGUGGAGUUACUUGGGGAGGAAACAAGGCUUCCUUCUUGGUCAUCGUUCUCUUCAACAUCAUCCGAGGAAGAUAUUGGCCCGUCAGGUAAGAAUUGGAAACUCGGAGGAUACUCUUCCAGGGUAGUGAGAAGAUCAGAGGAUAUUUUUUGUUACCCCUGGAGCUCUUUGGUUGCUGUUAUGAUUCAAGCACUCGCCCACCGAGUCAGUUAUGUGUGGGUUGUACAGGAAGAUGGAACUUUGACAGGGAUUGUUACUUUUCAAGGCAUGUUGAAAGUUUUCAGAGAACACUUGUAA